UCCCAUCAUGGCGAGAUCUGAAAGUGGUCUGUGGUGAGCGGCUCAAGAAGAAGAAGAAGGUCGCAGGUUGGAGGACAACUUUGGUGGCGGUGGCGGCGGCCAUGUUCUGGAAGCACGCCACCUGGUCCUGGGCCAACGACCGCGACGACUUUGACAAUCGUGACGGUAACUGCGACAAUUGCGAUGACGCUUAUUCGCUCGCCGCAGAACUCCGCACCGCCGGCGCCUCCGACUCUGCCUCUGCUCUUCCGGACCCAAAGCGCUUCGAUGACUCAGCGGCCAGAACCGCCCGACCGUCCGGACCCGCAACUACCGGAACUGCCAGGCGAGACGCUUACCGGGACGCCGGCCGUGACGCCGACCGCGAUGUCAACCGAGAUGCCAACCGAAUGCCCAGAACUCAACUGACGGUUAGCGUCAUCCGGGGAGAAGACGGCUUUGGAUUCACCAUCUGCUGCGACAGUCCGGUGCGAGUUCAGUCCGUCGAGGCUGGCGGUCCCGCUCACCAGUCGGGCCUCCGUCCAGGUGAUGCCGUUUUGCAGCUCAACAGACUUCCUGUGGAGAUCUGGAAGUGUGGAGAGCUGGCUCAUGCCAUCAGGAGUUGUCCCAGUCGUAUCGUCCUCGUGGUGUGGAGAGGCUCACCUGAGGUCAGGACGUGCUGUCAUACUUUGCUCCGCCCACCAUCAGCCAACAAGACCACCAAGCUGCUGCACCAGCCCGCCCACAGCAAACAUGGCCACCACAGACGUGAUCGGGGGUCUGUGGUGUCGUCCAGCUUGGAGGUUCUUGGGUCUCUGUGGAGGGAUCACAAGAAAGAAGAAAAAGAAACAGGAGGAGGGGAAGAAGAAGCACCUUGCUCCUCCACGCUGAAGGGCACCCGUGUGACAUCAUCAAAUGGCGACAACUACAUCAUCCUAUCUAAUGUAGCGCCACAGGAGCAGCUCAUCCAUCAUGUCUUUGAGGACAGAAGCAGGACUAUCGGACGUCUGUAUCAGACUCCCCCCAGAAGAAGUCUGAACCUCCUUGGUGAGACCCAAGUUGGGUCGUCACGGCAACCGCUCACCCACGGUCCGCUCGGCUUGGUUCCUCCCAUAUCCUCCUCCGCCUCCUCCUCUACGCUGUACAACUACGGCACCUACCGCAACUACCAGAACUACCAGAACUGCACCAUCAUCCAAUCGCAUCCGCCCUCCUGCGGCAUCGACAAAGCGCCCAAAACACUCAUCUUCCCCAUCUUUGUUGAGCCCGUGGACCUGUGCGGCCCCGAUCGAACGCUGCUCAUGUCGGAAGAAAUGCUUCUCCACCAGGCCCAGCGGCUGCCCCGCAAGGUGACCGUGUUGAUCUACAACGACGUUCUACUCGUGAGCCAAGAAGACCAAGCCGGACGCUGUCAGGUCCUCAAGAGUCCGCUCUACAUCGACACGCUGCGACUCCAAGAAGUGGCGUCUGCGCCGCGUCACAUCUUCUUCCUGCAGAGUUCCGUGAGUUGCUGGCAAUGUCUGUUCAGUUUGGAGGCCUUCAGCCUGGAGCAGAAGGUUCGAGUCAGCCUCUGUCUCCAUGACAACAUCCAACAACAGCUGGUUGCCAUGGAGACCAUCCACACCCAGCAGCUGACGGCCUCCCCCCGUCCUUCCCCCGCUACAAGUGUGAACACCUUGGCCCGGCUCCGGUCCCCUCCCCCAAGUCCCCCCCCGGCCCUCAGCCCUGUGUGGAAGGAGGGAGCGGAGGAGAAAGAAGAGGACAAGAGAAGACGCCACCAAGAGGAUUUAAGCUCCGCCUCCGGACCAGCAGGCCUCAGACGUUGCGUUUCCGAGGGUUCCGUGCGGGCAGAACCAGAAUUGGCACGAUCGCUCUCCGACAGCGGCGUCCACCGCCUGACUCUUGGCCUCCGUAGCCGCCCCCCCUCCACGCAGAUCCUCAGGAAACACCUGACAUCAGAGGGGGUCACCAUGAAGCGCACGCUCACGCUGCUCCAGGGAGCAGAGGAUGUUGAAAAUGGAAAUGACCUCAGGAAGAAAACUAAGAGUUUGUACGUAUACACACGCACGCACACACACACGCACACACACACACACACACACGCAUGUAAGUUGUGUUCUUCUUGUUGCCGUUGUAGCGCUUCAGACUUGCGCAAUCGUCUUCCGUUCCUGUGCCGUCGCAAGCGUUCGGUCCAAAGUGACAGUUUGGAGAGAGCCCUGAGGAACGCCAGGCCGUCUGCAAGGGAGGUGCUGAUGUGGGCCGAGAGUCUUGAGGCUCUCUUGGCCAAUCAGUACGGUCUUGCGGUAUUCCGCCACUUCCUGAGGUCGGAGUACAGCGAGGAGAAUCUGGACUUCUGGUUGGCAGUGGAGAAAUUCAAGGAGACACGCCCCCUCAGCAAGAUGGCAGACAGAGCUGCCAAAAUCUAUGAGGAGUUCAUCUCGUGCAGCGCGUCCAGACAGGUCAACGUGAACUCCAGUGUCCGGGAGUCGACCAAUCGUAGUCUGCGUCUGGGUUUUGACCCCGCCUCCUUCCAGCUGGCGCAGGAUCAGAUCUUCAGCCUGAUGGAGGCCAACAGCUACCCGCGAUUCCUCAGGUCCCACCUCUACGCCCAGCUCGCCAAUCAGAAUGUUGGCCCACCCUAUCAGAGCCUAGCAGUCUCCGCCGGAUCUGCCGGUCAGAACCGGACGAGAGAGAUUCUGAUCAUGUGAGGAACUGACCUUUGUUGUCGCAAUCUUGUUGUUGUAUGUUGUUAGCUCCACUUGAUCGUAUUUUAUGAUUUUAUAUCCAUGAACUUCUGACACAAAGAAAUUCUGAUUGGGUGACAAAUUCCUUGUUUUUUUAACAUCUUCGGUCAAUAAAAAAGAUUCUAAUUCUAACUGGUCAAAAAUCUUCUGACUCCUCAAAAAGGUUCUUAUUAAUCAAAUGUCUUCUGACCAAUCAAAGAUCCUCUGACUGAUCCAAGAGGUUCUGAUUGGUAGAAUAGGUUCUGAAUGAUUUUCUGAGAUUUUCUGAAGACAGCGUCACAUGGUGAGCUGCUGCAGGUGGCGCGUUUUGUGUGUGAGAAGACCACAGAGCAUACCAACUAAGACAAAUAAA